AUGCUUUUGAAAGUUGUUUCUUUCGUUUUGUUGCUAAAUGGAGCAGUUGCACAAGAACCUUUGAGAAACUUCGUACCGUUCGGUACUACAGUUGGCGAUGAAACUAUGUCACGGCCGAUAGAUUCGCUUACCUCAUCUGUUCCUAUCAAUAUACGUUUUUCAUUUUUUAACAAAUCGUAUGAUGAAAUAAAAUUGUAUGGCCACGGCUUGAUUCUCUUCGGUAAUGUUACAUACAAUUUACCGCACCAGCCUCCAGGUCCAUUUCCAUUACGUGAUUUUGCUAUCAUAACAACAAAUGGACUUUAUUUGUUUACAAUUUUUACAUACAACCAGUUACCAUGGUCUGCUGGUGCAUGGGGUGGUUUUCCUCAAGUAGGUUUUAAUGCAGGCGAUCAAGUUAAGUUUUUUUACUUUGGUUCUAUGUACGAUGGUUAUGAAUUAAGAUUAUUCGGUAUUUGCUUUACUGACAACUCGUACAUCAUUGAAGUCGAUGGUCAAGAAGUUACUAAUUGUAUUCGUACGCCAGUUUAUAUGAUAUGUACAAUGCCUAUGGUAUCCGAAGGUCGAUCUUCAAUUAAAUCGUUUACUUCUGACAGACGUCUACUUGGCGAAACAUAUUUUUUAUCACUUAUGCCUGAAACUGAUGCUGAACUAAUUUUAAGCAAUGGCCCACAUGAUAAAACUAAUAUGUUUUAUGGUCAAACAGCGCGAAAAGUUGAUUUGGGUCUUGGUGCAAUGAAUUUAUCAGCUAUAAACAAUUUAAAUGUUAAUUUCUCAUCGAUUUUUUCACUUGUUGGUGAACCACGCGAUCGAGUUCACUCAUUAGGUAUUUCAUUGGAAAUCGUUCUUUCAAAUACCGCUUCACCAGCGUUGGCAUGGAAAGGUGCUAAACUAUUUCUUGUACGGCCAUUGAUUGCAUCUUACUCAUUAUUUUCAACUUAUUGUUCGAAACACUAUCCGGAAGCUUGGAAAACGUUAUUGAUUUAUAAAAAUUUAUUCUCCGAUAUUCUGCCGUAUACUUCAUGUUGUGGUACUGGAGUUGAAACUCUCAGUACUUGUCAAAAUUACUUUACACAUCGACCUGCUGGCAGAUGCCAACAUAUGAUACCAUUACCAGUAAUAAGUGAUAAAGGUGAUCCACAUUUUUCAACAUUAGCUGGCAAAUCUUAUAGAUUCAAUGGACAUGGCGAAUAUACUCUAAUGAAAUCAAUUGAUAGUCGAUUAGAAGUUCAAGUACGUUUAGCUCGAGUAAUCAAUGUGUCAGCAUCACCUGAUUCGGUAUCAUCAAUAGACAAUGCAACCGCUAUUGUAGCCUUUGUUAUUCACUAUAAAGAUCAAUUACGAGUUCAAUUAGAAUUAUUUCCAAUCUAUUCUGACGAGCAUCAAUUAACUAUUCGGCAAAGAGACGCAAGAAGCAUAAGCAUUUCGUAUGGUUCAAGUGGAAUUCAAUUUAUUGUUUAUCUCCGACCAAAUUUUGACUUCGUUGAUUUAUAUUCUAUUCUGCCAACUACACUUAAAAAAGAAACAAACUUUCAAGGUCUACUUGGUGACUUUAAUGGUCUAGUUUAUCCAGACGGUACAAUUGUAUCGGCGAAAUCGGAUGACGAUAAAGAAUUAUUCUAUUAUGAUGAGUCAUGGCGUACAACAGGUGCAUCCUCAAUUUUCUAUCAUCGUUUACAAGAUAGUCAUGCUCGAUAUCAAGAUUUCAAUUAUCGUCCUAUUUUUGUGUACUCAAAAAGUGAGUACACUCUAGAUUCGGUCAGUGUAUCCGACUGUUAA